AGUAGGAACUCAUUUUAGAAAGUGAGUGAUAUGCUAGGCUAGGCUCAAAAAGCACCUAACUUGGCCUAGCCUUUAACUUGCUAAUUUUUCUUUUUGAGUACUAGCACAAAAGAGAAAGAGAGAGAAAAAAGUACUCUCCCCAAAUCCUCCUCAGAUCUCUCCAUUUCUUUCUGUCUUUCUUUCUCUGUCCAUAUUUUCAAGAGCCCAAUUUGCAGUUUUCCGUAUAUCAUCAUCAAGAAUUGUUUCAUUCCUCUUACAAUGAGAGAUAUAGUUUCUUGUUUUAGUGAAAAUGCCAUAAAUGUGUCUCAUUCUUCUUCAUGUUCUAGUUAUUCAAUUUCAAACAAUGCUUGUAUCUCUCCAGGUCUAAUCCCAUCAAUUCAAAAUGCAGUUUCUUGCUUCUAUAAAAUCAUCCUUUCCUCUCAAAAGCAACUCUUGGUCACUGUCACUUGGUGCAAAAAACAUGCAUCUCAAGGCCUUAGCAUAAACUUUGGCAAUGACUCUUCAACGUCUUUCAAACUUAACACCAGUGGAAGGCUCUUCAGGAAGAAGAAAGGCAGCAAAUUGAUCGAUUCCGAUAGUUCCAAGAUUGAAGUCUUCUGGGAUCUUUCUUCUGCUAAAUAUGAUUCAGGACCUGUACCUGUUGAUGGAUUCUAUGUGCUGGUCAUGGUUGAUUCAGAAAUAGGCCUUGUUCUGGGUGAUAUAGGAGAAGAAACCAUCUCCAAGAAGCUCAAAUCUAGCACCCCAGUAGCCAAAGCAAGUCUCAUUUCAAGGCAAGAACAUUGUUCAGGCAAUACUUUAUAUGCUACUAAGGCACAGUUCUGUGACACAGGCAUUCAACAUGACAUUUUAAUUAAAUGUAGUGGAGAAAAUGAAGGCCUAAAGUAUCCAGUUUUAUCGGUAUGUAUUGAUAAGAAGAUGGUGAUUCGUGUAAAGAGGUUGCAAUGGAAUUUUAGAGGCAACCAGACAAUUUUUGUUGAUGGGUUAGUUGUUGAUCUGAUGUGGGAUGUGCAUGAUUGGUUCUAUAAUCCUGCUUCUGGCUCUGCUGUGUUCAUGUUCAGGACAAGAAGUGGAAUGGAAAGCAGGCUGUGGUUGGAAGAGAAAUUGGUGCAGAAAGAUCAAGAAAGAUUUGAAUUCUCUUUGUUGAUUUAUGCCUGUAAGAGCCCUUGAAGAACAAGAAGAAGAAAAUAACUGACUUUGUUCAUCUUCUGGUUCUUGUUUAUCUUCUCCACCCUUUCUGGUUUGAUUUUUAGUUUUCUUCAUUUUUCAUUUUUGUUUACCUUUCUUCUUGAAAGGUAUAUAUAGUUAGAAUUCUUUUGAUUACCUGAGUAGUUAAUAAUUUAGUUGUUUACUUUAGAUAAAGAUAUGUGAAUUGAUGCAACAAAUCAGUUGGUUUUCA